AAUCACUUUCUCUGUCUAACAAAAAUAAAAAAAAAGGCACAAGGAUAUAGAGAGAGAAGUGUAUCUAUCCAUAGUCUAUACUUUUCCUCUCCUUUGAAAUUCAACUUUGUUUACUUCCUAAGCAAAACCCAAAGAAACCCCAGAUCGGCAAUCAGGUUAUCAAAUGGGUCAACAAAAGGCUUUGAUCUAUGCUUUUGUGGGUCGUGGGAAUGUAAUAUUGGCUGAAUACACUGAUUUCAGUGGUAACUUCAACUCUAUAGCUUAUCAGUGCCUUCAAAAGCUGCCUGCUUCAAAUAACAAGUUCACUUAUAACUGUGAUGGUCAUACCUUCAACUACCUUGUCGAUAAUGGAUUCACAUACUGUGUCGUUGCUGAGGAGUCAGUUGGAAGGCAAGUUCCAAUAGCCUUUUUGGAGCGUGUUAAGGAUGAUUUUGUGUCAAAAUAUGGUGGUGGAAAGGCUGCGACAGCUCCACCAAAUAGCCUGAACAAGGAAUUCGGCCCUAAGUUGAAGGAGCAUAUGCAGUAUUGUGCUGAACAUCCUGAGGAAAUUAGCAAACUUGCCAAGGUGAAAGCCCAGGUUUCAGAAGUUAAGGGUGUUAUGAUGGAAAACAUUGAGAAGGUUCUUGAUCGUGGAGAAAAGAUAGAGCUUCUUGUUGAUAAGACGGAGAACCUUCAUCACCAGGCACAGGACUUCAGAAAUACGGGAACCCAAAUCCGGAGGAAAAUGUGGCUGCAAAACAUGAAGAUCAAGCUGAUAGUGUUAGGCAUCCUGGUAGCUUUGAUCCUCAUCAUUGUUCUCUCAGUUUGCCAUGGAUUCAAUUGUGGAAAGUGAGCAUAUUUCUGUUGUGAUGCUACAGUUCUACGAAAAGCUUUGUCCUAUAUCAGCAUUUACGAAUAGAGACGAUGUUAUGUUCUGUAUGUAUUAGCCUACUAAGAGUACUCAAUAUUUCUGUUUGCUGGAGCAGAAAGGAUCCGUUUUUCUUUUCUUUAUGUUUGGGUCUAAAUGUCGUAGUAUAUGAUGCCGCCAUUGAGAGGUCAUUUUGUGCUGUCAAUGAUUUGUUCCUUUUUAGAAGAAAAAGACCUGCAAUGCUCGACACUCUUAUUAAUGAAAUUCAAUUUUCAUCAA